AACCCUCUCUCUGAUCAAACACUCUCUCCAUUUCUUCCCUUCUCAGCUAAAACAUUUGCGUCGUCAUAACUCGAUCGUGACAAAUUAAAUAUAAUGGAUACUGCAGGGAAUUUAUCAGAUUUCUUUGAGGACUCGGAGUUCGCCGGCGACGCUUCGCCGGACGAUAUCUUCGGAAUCCUUGAAGCUUUGGAUGACUUUAACCAGACAGCUGCACCAGCGUUUUCCGGUGAAACAGCCGCCGGGAAAGAUAAUGACGGUGGUGGGGUUCGAGAGUUAUUAUCUGAGACUGAGGUGGAGGGUUCCAAUUCAUUAUCACCACCGAGGAAUUGCAAGAGACAGAAAAGUAGCGCAGCCACCGCCGCCGUUCCUGACGACGUUAACCCGUCGUCGGAUGAACAACAACCUCGGAUGUCUCACAUAACGGUGGAGAGGAACCGCAGGAAACAGAUGAAUGGCCAUUUGUCUGUCCUUCGCUCCUUGAUGCCUUGCUUUUAUGUCAAAAGGGGUGAUCAAGCAUCAAUAAUUGGAGGGGUUGUGGACUACAUAACGGAGUUGCAGCAGGUUGUUGAAUCUCUGGAGGCCAAGAAACAAAGAAAGGUUUACAAUGAAGUUCUUCUAAGUCCGAGAAAACCAGCAUUGAGUCCCAGAAUGAGCAGCUAUCCCAUUAGCCCGACAACGCCGCAACCGACCACCUCGUACGGCGCCGCCUGCAGGCCGCCGCUGCUGCCAACGCCGACGACGGGUUUUUUAUCGUCCUCAUCAUCAUCAUCAGCCGCCAGCCAACUUAUUAUCGAGCCGCCGUCUUCUUGCUCUCCGACAGCCACUUCCUCCGCCUCCGUGGACAGCGCCAAUGAGCUCGCCGCGAAUUCGAAGUCGGAGAUUGCGGAAGUGGAGGUGAAGUUCUCCGGCGCGAAUGUGGUGGUCAAAACGGUGUCUCCGCGCAUUCCCGGCCAGGCCGUCAAGAUCAUUUCUGCACUUGAGGAUCUCUCCCUCGAGAUCCUCCAUGUCAGCAUCAGCGUCAUUAAUGACCACACCAUGCUUAACUCCUUCACUAUUAAGAUUGGGAUUGAAUGUCAACUCAGUGCGGAGGAACUGGCUCAACAGAUUCAGCAAACAUUCUGCUAAUGAUUAUGCAUGCUGUCACAACAACAUUAAAUUACAUAUGAUUGCUCCAUCAUAUCAUGUCGUCCGC